AUGCCUUGCUGCGGCGACCGAGAAAAGAAUGCUGCUCCGGUAGCUUUAGAGGAACAAUGGGAUUAUAUGAACCUAGAUGAUUUCAAGUCGGAAUCCUGUCUAUCGCCGUUCUCUUAUUUCUUUUUAUUCGUCUUCCUCCUGGUAUCUCUCGCGGUCUAUGCAGUUGACACUUUCACUGCCGUGACCCUUCUAGCCUUUUCCCGGUGGGCGGGACAAAUCGAGCCUGCCAUUCCAUUUAAAUAUUCGCGAUGGAUCUUCGCCGUCUGCAUCCUCCUUUCCUUUGCGCUACUGGCCUGGAGAUGGAUUCAUGCUAUCCGUGCGAUACGUUCUGGGAGUGUUGCCCAAUGUUACUUGAACUCGCUCGCUGCUCGAGUUCAGAGUAUUCGCUUCGGACAUCAUGGCCGUGGCUGGAGGAGAUUUUUGGUGUUCGGAGAGCUCACUAAGAAUAGAAAGGGAGCCGAAUAUGUCGCCUUGUUUGCAUACUUUGCUUUUGAAAGCUGGAUGAACACAGUGCUUGCGGACGGGCCGCGCCAAGUCGUCAACGGUAUCACACUUUAUUCAGUAAUGCGUAUGGAUUUGCUUCCCGGAGGAGAAAAUGCGGUUGAAGAAGACAAGGCCGGUAUCUUACAAUUCUUCGACAAUGUCAAAAUCCUUGCCGAAGAGAACAACCUGCGCGCCCUGGUCUUGGCCGGUAUGGUCUUUACUGUUGUAGUUUGGGUGUUGUCUAUUAUCAAGCUGGUGAUUGCAAUCAUUCUCUACCUGCUUUUCCUUUUUCACCACAUCCCCGCCGAAGAUGGGACACUGAAGGCUUAUUGUCGUCGGAAGAUCAACACCCGACUUAAGCGCAUCGUUCGGACCAAGGUGAAUAAAGCUCUGGCAAAGGGUGUCGCUUUGCAAGAACGUUCUCCUACGAAUCCAAAUCUCACCCCUGGCCGGCAGCCAACGUUACCGGUGUUUGGAGAUGAGGACAAGGCUCCCAUGGUCUCGACCCUUUCGCGCAGUACUACGCAGGCGACUCUGGCUACUCUACCAGCAUAUACAUCGCGCCCACCGACGGCAGCACCGCAAGAGCGCGAGCCCACUCUUCCCAACGUGGCUACAUUCCCUGAGAAACCAGAUCUGAGUCGGACAGUAACACAAUCGUCAGCCUAUUCCGAUCCUGCCACGUUCUCCGCAACCUCUGCGGUUUCGGCAUACAGUCCACUGGAUCGUCAACCGUCCCCGGCUCCUCCAGUCCCUCCUCUUCCGGGUGACGCCUCUAUGAUCACUGGGCGCACCCAAACUCCUGUUUCUCGCUCGAAUUUUACCCCCGCGCCUUAUUAUAACCGCGGGCCUCCCAGUCGUAUGGGUACUCCAGGGAGGCAGGAUCUAUACAGUCCUGACGGCCACAAUGGUCCGUCAUCCGCCAGUUCUUUCCGUCCCUAUGACAUUCCCGCCGAUCCUUACUCACGCACAAAAACGCCGAGCUCUGCUGUGACCAAUGUUGACGGUCCUAUGCGAGCAUACACUCCUUCCGAUGCCCACAAAUCUCGCCCAUCCCCGCAGUCUGUUCGCCCGCCGCGAUCGUUUACUCCAGGAACCCAAGCCACGAAUCGUGGUUCACCGGCAUACUCAAAUGACGAACAACCUGUUAGAACACUCACUCCUAUGAGCACCCGAGUGCCUCCCAGGGCACAAGAUGAAUAUAUACCCUUCAGUGCGUCCGCUAGUAAUGUUGCUGCAACACACCCUGAAGCAGCUUCUGAAUACGGGAGUGAGCAUCGUCCUGGACAAGCAUAUACUUCGCCAACAUACAACCCUCAACCACCCCGUCAUCCAGAUCACUACUACUAG